GGCGCCCGGUCGUGGAUGAGUUUUUAGGAGUACUUUUUAGAACCGGACAACCGAGGGGAACUAUAGGUGUUGUAGUAGGCCCCUCUGUUAGUAAUUUCGAGCGUGGUGCUUUUGAGGCUGCAAAGGAAGUUGAAGAAUCUGUAACCCUUCAAAUUUCUCAACUUACCUUAAAUUUCGACACAUUCGUUCAUUCUCUUAUCAUUAUGAUGAUGGAUAUACAGAUGUUUUAUAAGAAUAUGAGUGGUUUGCCUUGA